AUUAUUUAUCAAAUUGGAAAAAACUAGACUUCAUUUUAUUUUACUUAAAGUCACCAACACGACUGAAUUUCAAUUUGUCAAGAGAAUCAUAAAUUUUUUCAAAUGACAGUUAUAUGAAAGUUAACCCAUCUGAUCGGAUCUGUAAUUGAUUAAUUAAUUAAUACUCCGUUAGUCCGUAAUAUGUUUAGAUUAGAUGGGCAUCUGUAAACGUGGGCGGCUGAGAUGAGCUGAGAGAUUCCGGAAGAUCAAGGGUGAGCACUGAAAAUCUGAAAUAACCACCUCGAUCGAAACCCGAUUUGGACGGUCACACCCACCAGAAGUACGAACUGUGUUCAGAAAUUAUUCAUUCCUCUCGCCCGUUCACUCUCCGCCUUUACCAAAAGGUAAUUAAUUUAUUUGUUCCCUUUUUGCUUCUCUGCAUUUACCGCUUCAUUGCUUCCGAUCUGAUUGAUUAAGGUUAGCCAUCGGUUUAGUUUUCUUCAGUUAUCUUUUUUGUUUUAUGGUCUAUAAAGGAUCGGUUAGCUGAAAUUUCUUCAUUCUAGACGUUUGAUUCAGAUGGCCGAAACCAAACCGGGCAUGAGAAAACCGGUUUUCACGAAGGUUGAUCAGGUGCGACCGGGAACCAAUGGGCACAACCUUGUGGUUAAGGUUGUAAGCUCGACUGUUGUGUCGCCGAAGGGGGGGAGACCAGAUGGAACCCGUCAAAUGCGCAUUGCUGAAUCUUUGGUGGGAGAUGAAACUGGGACCAUUCUCUUCACUUCUCGGAAUCAACAAGUGGAUUUAAUGAAGGAGGGUGCUACUUUAAUAGUGAGAAAUGCUAAGAUUGACAUGUUUAAGGGGUCGAUGAGGCUGGCGGUGGACAAGUGGGGACGCAUUGAAGAGGCAGAGCCAGCCGAUUUCACCGUCAAAGAAGACAAUAACCUUUCACUCAUUGAAUAUGAGCUGGUCAAUGUUGUCGAGAAAUAGUUAUCUUGAGAGUUUUUUAUUUUCAAGAUCUCUGGGGCCACCUCAUAUGAAUCUUGCAAGAAAUCUCACUAUGACUGAAGUUUUCAUUUAGGAAGACAAAAAAUGUUAUGGAUAAAAAUUAUAAUGAAAGAGGUUUCAGUGUGGCUUACUACUACUUCUAAGUACAACUGCUCGGCCACCAGCAUUGCAAUAAAUGAAGUAUGUCAAGGCAUGGAAUGCUCAACUUUGAGUGUUUACAUACAUAUAAUGUAAUGCAGCAUAAAUUGGAUUCGAGAGAUUUUGGCAAUGUAGUUCCUUGGUGGAUUGAUUGAAGUGUUAUGUUUAUUUGUUGUUUAUGAUCUGUUAGCCCAAUUUUUUAGUACAUCUUAAACUGGAUCUUUUUCAACUAGUGUUGGCUCCUUCUGGUGCAGUUUGACAGGGGUUUUCCACCGUACUGCUCUAGAUUUUUUUUCUUCAACUAAGAGUUUAUGCACUACAAUGAUCAUUGCACACGCGGAUUGUAUUCUUCACUUCAAUUUGGAGUUU